AUGGCAGAAAGAGCCCCUGUUUCAACUGAAGACACGCUAGUUCGUUACGAUAAUCCGGUUUUAGUAACAAAACAACCUGAAAAAAUUUCAUCACCUCCAACUGGUGCUCUGGCACAACCGUGUAUUCCUACUGAAGCAAAACGUGAAACUGAGGAAAUCCUUAAUGCCAUUCUACCUCCUAAAGAAUGGGAAGAAGAUGGUCAGAUAUGGACUCAAAAGAUAUCAUCAACACCAGCGACGAGAUUAGACGUUAUAAACUUGCAAGAAAUGCUGGACACUCGUCUUCAACAGCGACAAGCUAGGGAAACGGGCAUAUGCCCUGUUCGAAGGCAGCUUUAUACGCAGUGCUUUGAUGAACUUAUACGGCAGGUGACAAUCAAUUGCGGUGAACGUGGUCUACUCCUAUUAAGAGUGCGCGAUGAAGCUAGAAUUACUAUGGAAGCUUAUCAGACACUAUAUUGUAGUUCUAUUGCGUUUGGUAUGAGAAAGGCGUUGCAGUCCGAACAAGGGAAAUCGGAUCUUAUGGAUCAAGUCGCUAAGCUGGAAGCGGAACGAUCGGCUCUAGAACAGCAAUGCACGGAGUUGAAACAAAAAACGGAGCAACUGGAGCGGCGCGCCGCAGAGCUGCGCGCGGCCGAGGAGAAGCGGCACCAGGAGGAGCUGCUGGCCUUGAAGAAGACCAACGCGCAGCUGAAGGCACAACUUGAAGGCAUCAUCGCUCCAAAGAAGUAAUAAACUUAUAAUUAGAUUACAAUUAUUCAUUAUAUGUAUAUUAUAUUUAAAAAA